AUGACUACGAGGGUCAGGCUGAGACGUAAGCAAGUGGACGAUAUCAUGGGUGGAGAAGAUGCUUGGAAGAAUGUGGAUGCUACGGAUGGUGAGUCGCUCGAGAGCGGAUGCGUCCUUGCGCAGGUGGCUCUGAUCAACGUUGAAGUAGUGUGGGCCAUCACGUGCCCAUAUAGAAGCUGCUAACCCGCCGCUCCGUCUCAAAUGUCUGAUGCUUCUCCGACCUUUGCGCGCUUCGAUCUCAUCCACAAGCCCCUUGUCCAAAAUGCGAGAAUCCCAAAGCUUUCUUCCUGCAGAUUCAGAUCAGAUCAGCGGAUGAGCCAAGUGAGUGUCGUCGCUCAAGUCGUGGUAGUGCGAGUGCAGCUUGAAGACAACAGCCCACGCGACAAAAGACUGAGUCUAUCUCCACCAACAAUGUGCUUCGCGAUGCAGUGACGACAUUUUACAGGUGCACCGAAAGGACAUGUGGUCAUCAGGUGAGUCUUUGCGCAAGAGUGUCGAUUUGAGCGUGGGUCAGGGAAGGGAAACAGGGGGCCAACAUCUGAAACGCAGCAAAGUCGAGGCUGACUGAUACACAAUUGUCACAACGUCUUCGCGUAGUGGCGAGAAGGAUGA